CGAGUUCGGAACCAAUUUCACAGUUGCUGUUUGACGUCCAAAUGAAGUGCCGGACACGCUUGGCGGAAGAAGAAAUUCAUAUUUGAGAAAUUUGUCCAUCGGCAACUUUUAGAUGAUAUUUACAACAUUACAUUUUAUCACAGCUAUUUCGUGUAUUUAUUUUUUGUAGACUGGUAUCCUAGCUUCAUAAUUUAAAAUAAAAUAAGAUUUAAAUAAAAUAAUUUCCUCCGGUUUGUGUUGCACGAUCAUGGUGGAAAGCUCUCCGUCCCCUCUACCCGAGAGAGCCAUUUACGGCUUCGUCCUCUUCCUUGGCUCACAAUUCAGUUUCAUGUUGUAUUGCAUUUGGGCUUUCACUCCUGAGGAGUGGCUUCAUUCCAUAGGGUUCACUUACUGGCCUCAAAAAUACUGGGCUCUUGCACUGCCAAUCUACCUGGUGGUUGCUAUUGUGAUCGCUGUAUUGUUGCUGUUUGGAAUAAACAUGAACAACACUGCUCCACUUGACUCAAUGGAUAGCAUCACAGAUCUAUAUGCCAGAAACAGGAACACAGGAGGUGAACAGACGGGAAACGUACCAAAACUAAAAGACGUUUCUAUUUCUGAAGUUAACAAAAUGUUUUACUUGUUACCUAAACAACAUUAAUCUGUUUACUGUGUACACAUUUUGUUAUGAACUACUGAGGUAUCUUGAAAGUCUUAUGUUUGAUUAAAUGAAAAUAUAUUGUAUAA